CACACACCAGUUGAUAGUCUCGCUGAAUUAUUUGCGGGUUUACAUGUUGGUUCUGGCAGUGGACGGUGUUUGUGUCGUGUAGUGCAGGGUGCCAGAGUACUCCCUCAUUGUGUGGUGAACAGUGAUUGGUACACAGCGUAUGUGAAACACAAGUUGUUCCUUGUUGGUGGUGCACUUUAUCUUUUGCCCGGUGUGCGGCUCACGGGAUGAAAAGCAAUUGGUUAGCAGGUUCUGAAAGUUCCAGUACGUGUACAUCAUGAGUGACAUGCCCAAACAUGGUCAAGGGGCUCAUCAAACCCAGGAAUCCACUAUCUGUUAGGAACAGUUCAAGAGAGAGCCAGUUUGCUUGGUGGCAACUAUGAUCCAUUGCAAAAUCGACUACAAGACAGCAUGAAAUAAAACUUCCCAUAGAGAAAGUUAUAUGGCACCGUACUUGUUGCUCCAGUGCAACUAAAAAGGACCAGAUAAAGCGUGCCAUAGACCGCAAAAUCCAUCAUUAUCAACGUGGACAUAAGAGAGGAAGUACCGAAAUAGAUGAGUCUCAACCAGAGUCACCCAUAUACUUCCGCUGUUCACCAGGUCGUGCACAGUGACUCAGCUGACUUCCUUGUUGAAUCACAGUCAGUAAGGUCGACAACUCAUGUGCCACCUCUGGGAGUAGUGGUAUAGCUCCAGCUUGAGUGACAGUGUCUCUCAGGCCUCAGUAAUACAAAGUAAAGUUAUCUACAUGGGACGGGUUCGUCUUGGUGAGUCUGAUGCACCAGCGCAGUGUCUUCUUGUUAAAAAAAAAUAAUCGACCGACUUUUGUGUUACACGUAUUAUAUUACAGUUUCUGUCCAGAACAGGUGGUGCUUCAUUAGAUCAAAUUUUGGAAUCAUUCUGAACUGGUCAACAGGAGAAUUUUUAAUCCACAUCAAGAGUGUGAAGACUUAAGGCAUCAUGCAGAGAUCACCUGUUGAGUCGGGAAUCAGUGGGGAUGAUGUGGAGGAACACAAACUACAGAAGUUGCAGCAAGAAGACCACCACCAGCAGCAGCAGCAGCAGGUGGGCCAGAAAGACCAAGAGGAGGAUCAGGUGAGCAAACAGCUGCUAGAGUUGACCAACUUCGAGGACCUUAUGGAAGUGGUGGGGACGAGGGGUCGAUGGAACUUCUUCAUCUUCUUCCUGUGUAGCUUUGCUGGGUUCGCUUCUUCGUUCACUAUUCUGUCUUAUCAAUUCCUGGGAGCGACUCCUGACCACUGGUGUCACAUACAGCCCCUGGUGGAGGCUAACUGGACCCAGCAACAGGUGCUCAGCCUCGCCAUCCCCUACAGUAACGAGACAGGGAGGUACUCAGGCUGCCAGAUGUACGACUACAACUACACAUUAGCGGCCACGCUCGGCUACGAGGCUUCCAUCAACACCAGCUUCAAGGUCGUCUCCCGAGGGUCGUCUGAAGUCGUCGCCUGCUACGAGAGAGACUUUAACCUCACCCAGUACAGGUCAACUGUUGUUACUCAGUGGGACUUGGUGUGUGAACGACGCUUCCUCUACUCUACCGUGACGGCGACCUCCCAACUGGGCUUCCUCCUUGGUGCCCUCGUGACUGGCUAUCUCAUGGACCAGUACGGUCGUCGGCCCGUGUCGCUAGGGAGUUUGGUAACGACAAUGGUUCUGGGUUUAUUAGGGUGUUUCUCGCCCAACAUCUAUGCCUUCAUUGCCCUAAGGCUGGUCGUCUCCAUGGGUGAUCUAGGUCUCUACUGCACCAACUUCAUUAUCAUGGUGGAGUUGUGUUCAUCGUCAACUCGAUCAACCUUCAGUGUGCUGUUCGCGGUUCCGUGGGCUGUGGGGUACAUGAUGCUCCCUGGCGUCGCCUACCUGGUGAGGGACUGGCAGUGGCUCAAUACGGCCCUCUUCCUUCCUUAUAUAGUCAAGCUCCUUGAUUUCUGGCUGCUGCCAGAGUCACCCCGUUGGCUAAUAAUUCACAACCGCGAUCUCGAAGCUGUAGAGGUCCUCACUCAGGCUGCUAAGGUCAACAAGAAAACUUUACCUCCUAGACACGCUCUCAUGGAUGCCAUCAGCAGCAUCAGGGACCAGAUGUGUCACAAAGAGGAAAGUGAGGCGAUGAUGACCAUUACCAUGAAGGUGCUGACGACGGUGAAGAAGUUGUUCUUCACCCUGACGGAGGAGCUGAGGAGGAGGAUGCUCAUCCUGGUUGUAUGUUGGCUCGUCGUGUCCAUGGUGUACUAUGGGUUGGCUCUCAGCGCUACCAAUUUGAGCGCGGACCCGUACCUGUAUAUUUUCCUGGGCGGGGUUACGGAGAUCCCGUCCUACCUGAUAAUGUGGCUGUGCUUCCUAUACCUGGGUCGUAGAAGCACCCUGGCCGCCCUCUACCUCCUGUGUGCUGUGUGUCUCAGUAUCAACGUACUUCUCGUGGUUUCCACUUAUCAAACGCCAGUAGGUGCCAAGAUCUUCCUGUCUCUCCUAGGGAAGAUAGGUAUCGCUGCAGCCUUCCAUCUGUUGUAUAUUUAUACGGCUGAGCUCUUCCCUACUGAGUGUCGCUCCGUCGCCCUCGGCGAGUGUAACUUCAUCGGGCGAAUCGGUAGUAUCACUUCGCCUUACAUCAAUGAUAUUAUGGGGGAGUUUUCGUCUUGGUCUCCGGCAGCGUUGUUCGCUGGGACUUCCCUUGUGGGUGCCGUCCUCUGUCUCUUCCUUCCGGAGACAAGAGGUCGAGUCCUGCAAGAGUAAAAGCCGCCUGGAAAUCCGACACAUUGCCAGAACCUCCCAAUACUCCUUCGCCGCCACAUAGUGCAAAUAUAGCGACAAAAUUAUAACGUAACAUUCUUUAUAAGUCGAGUUCUCCCUGAAUCAAACUUUGAUAAGGACCAACACACUGGUCUAGGAUAACAACGGUCGACGGCCCCUGUGACGUGAAGUCUAACAUAUUAUUGUAACAUGUUAUGAUGAAGUUUAAUUGAGUUUAAGGCUCAUGUUUUAAAAAGAACUAGUACAGUUAUUUAUAUGCAUUGAUUGCGGAAUGAUAGGAAUUUCUAAUGAUGUCACCUUUAUUGAUGAACCCUAUGGUGGCUCGAUAGGUCAAUAUAGGAUCGAUAGGUUUAUCCACAGAUGUUGCAUGUGUGGAAGCCUGUAUUAGCCUCUGUCACAUUUAUAUUAUAUAAAUACGAGCUAAUGACAUAUAUUCAUUAAAUACAUUCUAUCACCCAGACUAUUGAGGAUACAGCUUCAUAAGCAUUUGUUCUUUCACACCUUCUCUGGUGUACAGCUCAUAAAAAUACAGACUCAACCCUCAGUAUGUGGGUAGGCUGUUUAGUUAAUGGCCGUGUUUAAGUGUGGUUACUCUCCAACCACCAAUCACCAGACUCAAGAGAGUUCAGCCCAGUUCUCACCAGUUCACAGCUUGACACGAUGCCCUAACGUCGUGUCGUGAGACCAGCUCUCUCGGCUGUACCUCUCUCUAAAUAUAUCAGCUAAUUACAAGCUAAUAGCUAAUGCUCAUUAGUCUGUCAAUACCAAAUAA